UGUGAGUCAGAUUCUAGCGAGGUGUGUGUGCGUGCGUUUUACGUGAUGUGUUCUUAGCCUCAAUACCUACGGGAUACGUCGAAAAUUUAAAUCGGUAUAAUGACUGAAAUUAUCUUCAAACAAAAUUUCCCAUUUCUAUACGGUUAUUACAUUACGAUGAAAUGUUCGUGACAUUCGAUAUAACGGAAUAUGUCUGAAAUGACUGCACACGCCAGUAAGUUGUCAACGUCGCAACAGGUGAACUCGACCAAGCGUCGCUCGAAUAGAAAGUACCGCAAUGUUACGAAUCAAUGCUCGCACCAUAUGUCACUGUGCCAUAAGUGGCGAGGAUCAUGUGAAAUUCGAGUGCAGGUGCACCUCGCGGUGUGCGUCCCUGGUUACCAGGCAACAAUGGGAUCGAUAAACAAUGUACAUUAUCGUGGGACCACUGACAGUACAAUUUUAAACGAUCUACCAAGCGAGUCAGUGUCCACGUGUGCUUCGUUUUAUUAUCUUACAGAACAACGUUAUCAUAAAUGUCACAAAAAAUACGUAAAAAGAAGAUAUCCUCUAACUACCGAGUCAAUGAACCUAUAAAUAAUUUUAAACUGAGAGUCAGAAUCGUACAGCAAAGACCUUUGCUUGCAGAACUCCUCGAGGAUGAUGGAGAUACCAGAGACUUGAAUUUUCUUCAAGAGGAAGAUCGUAUUUUCAGUUGGCAGGAGAAGGCGUUCAGCCCGUUCGAAGCUGAUUUUUACAGGGAAGAGAAGAAUUGCGUGACUGAGACGCAAAAGGCCUAUUGCCAACGAAUCAACGAGGAACAUGUCGAGGGUUCUCAGCUGUACACUUACACGCAAAUGGACUCGUACUAUCCGGAGAAUGGACUGUUGACGAAACCGUAUAAGACGGAAUUGGCGUGCAGAAAUGAAACCGCAUUGCCAUCUUUGCAGAAUCGCAAGCCGUUUCCGGAGAGGUACAACAAAUCAGUCGUCGACGAUAAACCUGGCGAAACGAGGAUACGCAGAAACCAUUACAUCUAUAUGGAAAGGUCUACGAUGUAUGUCAUGGUUGAUUUAUCUCGAAGAGAUAAAGGUGCAACGAGUCCCGACGAGGAUUCCGAAACGGUUCUAUGUGUCAUCACUUAUGACCACUUGCAUAAAAUUCUGUCCGUGGAUCCCGACUUCACAGACGAUCGGUCUUGUUACACCAUCACGAAUUCCGACGGCGUUGAAUUUAAUUAUUGGAUCGAACACGCUUCCGAAAAACAGUCGCCGGAAGAAUUUCAAGAAGAACGGAAUGAAUUGCAACAUGAAAUUAAAGAAAAGUUAAUAUAUAAGGAGGAAGAAAUGUUUCACCGUUUUCAAUUGACACCGCCGCAUAUAGAUAAAAUUUUUGUAAAACUUGACAUUCUAUCUGCUCAUGGAUUCAUUUUUAAUGGGCUUUCUGUUUCUUAUUACAUUCACUUACCAGAAUAUUGGAAUACUAAUCAAAGUGAUAGAUUAUUUGGAAGGACUCAAAGAUGUAAUUUGAAAAAUAAAUCAGCAUACUUUGGAUAUAGUACUGAAAUAUCGUUAGAUCACAAAUCAGAUGAUGCAUUAAACAUAAAAAAGACUUUACCAUCUUGGCCUAGAUUAUUAUUAUCAGUUACAUCUCUUGAUAUAUGGACAAGAUACCGUACAGAAGGAUAUGCAGCUGUGCCUUUGCCUGCAUAUCCAGGUACAUAUGAGUACAGUGUUCCAACAUGGAGACCAGCAGGAAGUAUCAUCAAUUCUCUCAGAAGAUACUUUACGGGAGGUACUUAUGAACUGGAUGAUGUAACUUACUGCAGUAUUUCUGCAGGACAUGAAGGUGAAACGUUAAACAAGUCACAAAUGCAGGUCACACCAAGUGGACACAUAAAACUAAAAAUUAAUAUUAUUUAUCAAACUCAUACUUCUACUAAAAUUGAUGAUCGGUUGAACUAUUUUGAAAGUUUAAGUACAGAUAAACUUAUGAUUAAUAUAGAAAAUAUUUUUGAACAGUUUAAAGCAGCUAGGGAACGCAUGAUACAAGUUAGAAAUUUGAAUGUUUGAUCACUUAAGUUAAAAUAAAAUGGUCUGUGAUACUGACUAAUAAAAUGACAAUAAUUUAUAUAUCAUAAUACUGUUAUAUUUAUCGUAACACUUGAAACAUGUUCCAUUACAAACUGAUAAGUAUAAUAGGAACUUUCUGAUUUGUUUAUAACAUAUCAUAUUAAAAAUGCUAUUAAAAUUAUUCCAAUUGUGUCUUUUUAUUUUUUUAUUUUAAGAAAUUGUAUUACUUAACAACACCAAUUCUAUAAAAUAUAUAUAUAAUACAGAAAUUGUGAUAAACUAUAUUUAUACAGUUGACAAUUAGUUAUUUGCUAAAGUAUUAAAUUUUAUAUGAUCCAUUGUUAUGUUUUUAUCUUCCAUAUAGAAUUAAGUAGUAUUACAAUUAAAAGGUUUGGAGAAGUGCUUAAUAUAUUCCUAUUGUGUUUAACUAAAGGACUAGAGUAAAAGUGCAAAUAUUAUUCUAUGAGGCCUUUCGGUUAUUGCCUCUUUUUUGCAGCUUUUACUGCUUUUGGUUUUUGCUUUUCUCCUCCGGACAAGAAUGAUGUUAUAACUUCAGACAUUUCUGGCAAUUUAGUGAGAUUAUUCAAUUGUUCCAUUUCCUAAAAAAAUAAAAGAACAACAUGGGAAUAUUUUAAAUUUAAAAUAAUAAAGCUUAUAUUAGAAUUGUUUUCUAACCUUUCUUGCAUCUGGAUCGUUCAUAAUUUUUGGUCCAAUCAUAAGUAAUAAUAAGGGUAAGAUCAUCAUUAACACCUAUUAAGCAAUCAGAAAUAAUAAUUUAAU